GUUUAUUUUAAAGUACUGAAUAAGAAUUUUUAAGUAAAAUAUUUAUACCUUAUAGGGGCGUAAAUAUAGAAAUUUAGGAAGUAAGAGUCUGAUUUUAAUUAUAGGGUUAAUAUUUGAAAGUGGAUCAUACUUUAGGGUUUGUUCAGUGUAAUUAACCUGAAUUUCUGAUUCAAUAGUUGAUUGAUUAUAGAUACUAGUAGUUGUUAACAAAGUUAAAGGCAAAAUUCAACAUUACAGACCAUUGAUACCACAUUGUUGAGUGCUUCGCUACACAGCAUUUGGAAGUUUUGUGAUUCGUCAAGCAAAAUUUGACAGUCAUUUCCAUUGAACGUUGAACUUCACUGAGUACAAGGAACUAUAAUGGAUGCUUACAUGACUGGAAAUCCUGUUCCUCAGCCUGCUUAUCAUUGGCCGAUGGAGGGAGUUAAAGAGUCUACCCUCUUGAUUCGACAUCUUCCAGAAGCAAUUCCUCAUGAAACCCUUUCUAGAUUGCUCUCCAAUUAUGGGGCAACUUCUAUCCGUCCUUGUACUAGUGGGAGGAUGAGGAAUUGUGCUUUUGUGGAUUUCAAGGAUGAAGGUCUGGCUCACCAAGCGCAACAGCAUUUGAAUGGGGUACGGUUUCUUGGUAAAACCUUAGCGGUGGAACGAGCUAGUAGAAGCACAGAAAGAGAUAAAUAUGGACAAAGUGAACCUCGGAUAGGAAAUGAAUCCGUCUCUUUGAUCCAAGAUGCUGCUGCUAAAGAAUUUGGUGGAGGAUCCAGAGCAGGUCCUUAUCCUGUCAGUGAACCCAUUGCUGAAAGACUUGGGGUGGAUUAUCCAUUUCCUCCUCACCUAGAAUAUGUUUACCCACCACCUGAUGGACAUAUACUUACCAAUAUUGUAAAUGCUCUUAUUGCUGUUCCUCGGUUCUACACACAGGUCUUGCACUUGAUGAACAAGAUGAAUAUUCCAGCACCAUUUCGGAUGGCUUUGCCGACUCCACCUCUGCCAACUUCCCCGUCUGUUCCUCCUCCACCCCCUCCUCUUCCUCCUCCAACAGUUUCUAAGAGUAGAAUGGAAGAUCAAUCAAGUAGUGAAUCAGAAAUGGAGUCUUCUGAUGAGGAAGCUUCAAAGGUUGGUGGGCCUAAACAAAAGCGUAUCAGACAUGAAGCUAUAUUGGGUCCUGCAGUUGACAAAGAUGUUGCCCAUGAGGCUGUUGGAUUGAGAGCUGCUGCCUUGGUUCCUAAAGAGAUGCCAGUAGUUAAGAAGAAGAACCCAAUAAUUCAGAUUAAAGUAGCACCUAAACAGGUACAGAAUGAAGAGAAGGAUGAUGCGAGUGCAAUGCCAUUGGUAGUGGAAGAUAAAGAGAACGAUCAUAAACCUUUUACAACCCUUGAAGAGUUAAGAAGUGGAAGAUUGCCCCCAGAAGAAAUUCUGUCGCUUCCUAUGUUUAAGAAUUAUUGUGCUGGGAAUCCUUCACAGAUCUUGUACUUGAAGAACUUAGCAAAGGAAGUGAAUGUUGAUGAUAUUUACUUCAUAUUUGGAUCUUUAUUUGGAAGCAUUGAUGAAGCUAAAUCCAGUCUUGCAGUGAAGUUAAUGCAGGAAGGGAGAAUGCGUGGACAAGCUUUUGUUACAUUUCCCUCAGUUGAACUUGCUGAAAAUGCCUUGGAUGCCGUGGAAGGGUCCUUUCCUUUUUGUUGGGGAAAGAAGGGGGCAGGGGAAGAAGGAUGAUUUAGAAGAUUGAAAAAGAAAAAAAAUGAAGGAAACAAGACCCGGCGUUAAAGUUUAUCAUGUCCACGUUCCUUUGUUAAAGGGGUGUUAGAUUAAUCUGUUGGAGUGCUGGAUCGCAGAAUCAUAUUUCAAAAGAAUAGCAGAAUCUGGGGGAAACAAGGGGGAAAAACUGGUAAUUUAGUAUAUUGUUUUCCUCCUGAGCAGUGGGAUUGUAAAAUUAAUACCAUGAAAGUGGUUGUAGGCUUUAUUGACCUCUUUAAAAGAUAAAUCUUAAAUCUGAGAGGGAUCUGGAAGCACCACAUGCGAACCACCCUGGGGUAUUUCAGCAUUAGCUUUUUGCAAGCAUCAUUAAAUUUGAAAUUCGAAUGAUAUAACGUAUGCAAAUAUUUUUGAAUUGCCAUUUGUGGCAUCUAUGUUAGCCUAUUCAAAUUUCACUAUGCUGUUAUAAUUUGUUGUUUAGCUCCUGCAGCUGGUGCUAUGUGCCUAUGUUUUGUCCUUGAUGUACUUUUAUGGUGCUUUGUCCUUGAUGUACUUCGAUGGUGCAAUUUCCUAGUUAACAGUUCUCGACCUAAUUGAACCAAAAGCUCAAAUUUCUUCAGAAGGUGAUAAACCUUCUACAUGUAAUCGUGAACCUGUGUUAAAUUUCCAAUGGGUUAUAUAAAGUGAGUAGAUUCAUGUAUAUGGUUAGGUUCCUCAAGUUGGAUAAAAAUGUACUAUAUGGAUGAAAGGAAAAUCUUUUUAUCAUAUACUUAUAAGUUUAUAUCAACACAUGCGACUGUCUAGAAAUUAGCUAAUAUUAUGGUGCUAUACUAUACUUGAUGAUACUCGUAAACAUUAAAUACAAGAAGUGAAUGA